AUGGCUGACGUGCACAAGCCCUACCGCGUUCUGGAGCGAGGCGAUAUUUUCUUCUUCUACCGCCCUAAGGUGAAUCGCGAGGAGGCGCAUAGCGUGGAUGAAGUGCAGCGCUUCUACAUGCUGCUGCGUCCGCUGGACAGCGGUGAGCGCGCGGAUGGCGGGGGAAAGGCGGAGGAGGCGGAGGAGGAGGAGGGAAGGGUAAAAAAGGAAGGGGGAAAGGAGGAUGGAGGGGGAACAGCAGAUAGGGAGGUGGCGGGGGAGAGGGGAGUGAGGGCAGCGAACAGAGUGAGGGGAAGGGGUGAUGGUGACGCCGAAAGUGUCAAGAGGGAGGAGGGGGAAGAUGGAGAUGGGAGGAAGAGGGGGAGGGGAGACGGUGAGGGGGGUGAGAAGGGUGAGGCAGAGGGUGAGGGGCUGAGAAGGAAGCAGGUGAAGCAAGAGCCAGCUGACGAGGCAGCGGUGGAAAAGUUGGAGGAGAAGGGGGAGGGCGGUAGGGGUAAGCAGAACACGCAAGAGGACGAGGAGAAGAAGGAGCAACAGCAGGCGGAGGAGGAGGAGGAAAAGGGCGUGGCGAAGGGUGCGGAAGGCAGUGGCGAGGCAGACGAGGAAGGGAAGGCGGACGAACGGCCUCCUCUGCGCCUGUUGGUAGUGGGGCGCAAGCUGCUGCCCACCCCCUCGCACCGCUCUCGACCGCACCGAGGCUAUGUGGAUGCCGUGUCACCCCACGUGGCGGAAAUCAGGGCGGCACUUGAGGGAGACACCUAUGAGACCAAGACACGUGGCACACAGCAUGUGGCAGCAGCGAGGGCAGCAGCAGCGGGCAGGUACUUGAUUGUGAGCCACGUGCCAGGCGCCAGAGUGAGCCACGUGCCAGGCGCCAGAGUGAGCCGAGGGGCCGCCCGCAGCAGCAGCAGGAAGAGUCACACCCACCUGGUGUACUCGCUCCGGUGGCCCGAGGCAGCGGGAGCGGAGGAAAAGGCAGGAGGGCAACAAGGCCCGGAGGGAGGGGAGGGCGAGCAGGCAAGUGGCAAGGAGAAGGUGGGUGAAGGCAAGAGUGCAGAGCAGGCGGGGGAGAAGGUGGGUGAAGGCAAGAGUGCAGAGCAGGCGGGGGAGAAGGUGGGUGAAGGCAAGAGUGCAGAGCAGGCGGGGGAGAAGGUGGGUGAAGGCAAGAGUGCAGAGCAGGCGGGGGAGAAGGUGGGUGAAGGCAAGAGUGCAGAGCAGGCGGGGGAGAAGAAGAGGGAAGAGGAGAGGGAGCAGGAGAUUCCACAGGAGGCGUUCAACAUAGAGAGGGAAGCUUCCUACGUGCUGCAGCAGCGCCUUGAUGGGCUGCGCUUCGCCCCUGCGGACCCACCUGGCUUUCUGGACCACCCGGGGUGCGAGCUGCUGCUCAUUGGGGCUUCGGAUGACUUGCAGAGGGAGUUUGGCGGGGAGGUGCGGCGGGAUUUGGCCGUGGGGGAGGGUGAAGGGGGAGGGGGCGGAGUGAGGGGUGCUGGAGAGGGAGAGUUGGGGGGUGGGGAGGAGAGUGGGUAUGGGAGCGGGUGUGAGGGGGACGAGUGGAUGGGGUUUGUGAGGGAGGGUCUGGGGUGGCGCAGUGAGGAGCUGGGGAAGCCGGUGGAGGCGGGCGAGUGGGCGUGA